ACCUGGGUGUCGUUCAAGGGAAUCAGUAAUUGUCCCGGCGCAACUCGCUCCCAUUGAGCAACUCGCUUGAAGAUAGCGUUUUACUUUAACUUGCUGUGGUAGUCAUUUGUGUAGCUUCAGAUAGUUAUGCUUCUAGAAUGUCCCGUUAAACCGCAGAUUUGUGUCUGAAACCAUGAUUAGACCUUAGCUGGAGUCGGGGCUCGCAUUUGUGACAGUGAGAAAGGACGUUGCGUACUUUAUGGUCCUUUGCCACCUCCUAUAGCGUCCCUAGUAACCGGGCCCCUAGUAACCUCUCGCCCCAAGCCAAGAUCUGCGAGCUAGGCGGCAGCGCCUGCUCACCCGCCCCGGGGUGCUCGGGCUCGGAGGCGGGGCGAUGGCUGGAUGGCUGCGCUGCACCAGGAGGCCAGACUGGCGGCUGCCAGCCUCCACCCGCCAGCAAAUCCCAUCACCGGAGCAAGGAUCGCUCAGUACGAAGACUCCUUAGAGUCCUUGGUAGCAGUGGCGUUGGAGGCGGCCAUGGAGGAGGAACAGAAGAAAGGGAUGUGGCAUAUGCGGGCGUCGAUGUCCAGGAACUCAAUCCAUAGACCAGGUUAGCCCGGAACUCAGCGAUCUACCAUCUUCUGUCUCCCAAGUGCUGGGAUUAAGGCAGGUUGUCACAACUUUCCUGGGAAGGACGAAGAGGUGACAUUCGAGGACACUAUGAGCUUCUCUGAUAUUUACCACUCUGAUGAAGAGUAUUUUAGGAAACUCAAAGACCUGAAGGCUGCCCAUGUAGAAACCAUGGCAAAAUUAGAGAAAAUGUGCCAGGACAAGCUAAAUAUAAAGGACAUCCAGGCAGAGCUCGUCAGGGACGAUUCUUCUAGUUCUGCAUCGGAAAACAGCUGCUCACAUCCUGCCUUGUCAGUGACCUCACUUUCAGAGCCUGACCUAAAUGGGUCGCCCUCCUUGUCCACGACUACUGAUGAGUUGUCCAACCUAGAGAGAAGGACUCCUGGGGAUGGCAGAGCGAUGACCUAUGCCAAGGAACUCAUAAACAACAUGUGGAACGACUUUUCUGUUGAAGAUUAUAUUCAGUAUGACUCGGACCUCCAAACAGCUAAGAAAAAAAGAAAGAAGCCUAAAUCCUGGACGCCCAAGAUUACAGUGCCUGUGCCCUUUGAAAUGACAGUAAGGGAGCAGAAUCGGAGAGAGAAGGCCCCGAAUGCUCGGGCAGACCUGGAAACGAGACAGAAGCUGCUCAAGGAGAACGAGGACGAAGCAGAGUGUAAGAAGAAAUUCCGAGCCAAUCCUGUUCCUUCCGGCGUGCUCCUUCCCCUUUACGAGGAUCUAGUCAAGCAGAGUGAGGAGCGUCGGAAGAAGGUUCGGGAGAAGAGCAAGGCUGCGCUCCUGGCCUCCCAGAAGCCCUUUAAGUUCAUUGCGAGGGAGGAACAGAAGCAAGCAGUCCGUGAGAAGAAGCUGAGAGACCUUUUUAGGGCUAAAAGGAAAACGAAGCAGUUUAAAGCCAGACCUGUGCCUCAUUUUAUUUACCGGCCAGCUGCAAAUGACAAGCCUAAGGAGGAACUCUAUGGGGACAGCAGGAUGCAGCCAAAGGCCAGAGACCUACAGAAUUCACCUUGGCCCAGUCAGUCAACUUACAGACGUUUCAGGGACCCCAGAAGUUCUGCCAAGCUAAGGGGUAAACACAGGCGUAGGUACCUGAGCCCAAGUGCUGGAGACUUGGAGAAAUGGAGGGAAUCCGACUCUGAACACAGCUUUCUGAAAUGCCCAGUGCUUUGUGAACAGUGUUGUCUUCUCGAAUCCCAGUGUGACAAUGAUAAAAGACAGAAACUCUUGGUAGACAUCAGAGCAGAUGAAGAAAAUUUGAGAGAAACAUGCAGGCCUAAUCUGUCUCCUCGGCGUAAAUCACCCAGAAGAAGCGCGUACAUGAAGCCCAGGCCUCGUGAAUGCAGCCCACCGUUGCCCACCGCGUCUUCCCGAGGGCGGGAGCAAGCCAUCAGAAGGAAUGAAAAGGCCAGGAUGAAAGAAUAUUGGCAAGAACUGGAGGAACAAGAUGCAAAAUUACAAAAGAGGCCGAUGCUGUUUGAAAGAGUCGCCCAGAGAAAUGCAAGGAUGGCUGCAGAAAGGCGUUACUCUAACACUCUAAAAGCACUAGGACUCUCUGAGGAGUUUGUUUCAGAGAAAGGCCAAAGUGGAAAAGUGUCUGAAAACAUCACCAGGCAAGAGCUGAGAAGCUGCACGUCCGAUAAAGAAAGCUCUUAUGGAGAAGAGAGAGAGAAUGAGGAAGAAAACUAUUUAACCGAUACCAGCAGCCAGGAUUCUUGUAAGGGAAACAAGGACGACAUUAAAGGAAGUGGAGAAGAAAAUUCUGGAGAAUGAACCCGAGUCACAAGGUUUCUUGUCUCGAUGACCCUCCCCAUGGGCAACCUCAGGAUCAUAGUGCCUGCGCUUGUGGUUCUGUGAGCAUCCAUGGUAGCUCUCACACACGCAUAGCUGCUGAACCAAGACACCAUACCUGGGAAGGCCGAGUCCACAUGACAAGCGAUUGGAUGCUAGAUUACAGCUUUGCAUGCUGCAGUUUAGAAAUUGCUAUGUAUGCUGUUUGUGAUUAUGAUUAUAUUUGUAUUUUCAAAGUGUUUGAGGUGUGGAGAACCACAGCUGUCACAAAUGGAUUGGCUAUGGAAAUGUACCUUUGUAUUUGAUAGGAAAAAAUUGGUAUUGAGAGAACUAUUAGCUUUUGAAGAUCUAUUUUCCAUUUUUAAAUAAGUAAUAUACUACAGACAAAACAGGUACUUGGAAAUUUACAGUAAUUUUGGCACUGAAAAGAUUUACUGCUAAAUUAUCCACACCAUGGCUACUCUUUCUUCUUUGUUUGCCCUUUUUCUGGGGAAGAUUAAAUCCAGAGCUCAUACGUAUUUAACUUGAUGAAUUCUACCAUUUGCUAUACCCUCAAACCCCCAAAUUAUUUUUGUUAGGUAAAGUAUUAAAGUAAUUUAUGCUACUUUUAAAA